CUGCUGCUCUCUUGUGCAGGAUGUCUCAAAGGAAGAUGCUACAAUUCUCCACAGGAGCUCUGCUCCUUCUCCUACAUUGGUUUGGUGGCCUGGUCCUCGGAGAGGUCGACAAAGACUUUUCCAGCUGCCUUGAUUUUUUCCAUGACAGGACUCCUCCACAGGGUAUCAAUGAAGCAGGAUACCAGCCAAUUUGCCAGCGCCACAAAAACCAAUAUCACUUUGCCAGCCUGUAUAACCGUCAGCAUCGCGCUCCACUGUACUCUGCGUACACACUUGGCCCUGCAGAUGGCAAACGCCCCGAUAGCACUUGGAUGUAUGAACCACAGCUGGCGUUUUCCCGUGCAAGCUCAGAGAUGUCACCCUUCAACAUACCUGUGGACCAGAAUGUGAUCGAGACCCAGGCGGUGCUCGAGGACUACAGGAACUCCAACUUCACCAAAGGCCACCUCAAUCCCAGCAUGCACCAGAAGACGAUAGAGGACCGCAAGGCCACCUUCACCCUGACUAACAUCGUCCCUCAGCGUGCAGACUCCAACUCUGGCCCCUGGAACGGUCUGGAGAGGGAAGUGUUGAGAAAAUUCAAAGCGUUCUGCGUGGGGCCGAUGUAUGUGAUAACUGGGGCCAUGCCAUAUAAGUCAGAAGCGCGCUGGAUCAACAGCCGGGUGUCUGUUCCUGAGUACAUGUGGUCUGCCUAUUGUUGUCCAUCCUACAAAUCUGACCUUCCUGGGUCUGUGCAGCCAUUUUUCCCCACAUAUGCUGCAGUGGGAAGAAAUGACCGCGACAGUGGCGAGGAGAUCGUGCCAGUUAAUAUCAAGGUGAGGAAGUCAGUGCGAGGCUAUGAUGUGAGGCGAAUGACUUUAGAGACCCUGGAGGGCAUCCUGAGACAACGGCUGUCCAUGCCCAUCAGUCUGUUUGCUGGACAGUGUCAGUGAGAAGGAACAAGAAGAAAUGCUUGAGUGACUUGUAGUUCCUCCACGUCUGGUCAGAAUCAAGAUGUUAAAAACUUUUGGCAAGACCUACCUUCCUAACUGUCUCUUUAAUCACUGAAUGAGAUGAUGAGUUUGAUUGGUGAAAUGAAAUGAAAUAAACGCUUUUCCCUCCA